GGAAGAAGGAAAGCGAAAAGCAUGGAGUUUGGACAAUCAGCCCAGAGAUAAUUGAGAACUGUAUCCAAAUUAGAUGAAGUAUGAGAAGGAGUGAGCUGAUAAACGCCUCUCUAACUCCAGCAUUCCUGACCGACUCGGAAGCACGUACACCAGAUUGGGAUUCCCUUCUCCCCACAAGUAGUCACAGGUACAAAGGCUUAAGAAUUCUUCCGACCCGCGCCGUGAAGAGGGAAACUCAGCCUUCCCAGCAGCUGCACCGCAAAAGUAACUCCCGGCCGUCCGAGACCCUCCUCGUGCGGCCGGGGACCCCCAAACGACUGCCCCUCUCUUCAGACCGAGCGGCGCCUGCCGGGGUCCCCUCUCCCCAGGCCGGGCAAGGGCAGGUGGAGCUGAGCCCCGGCGAGGAGGACCCGCCCGCUGUUGAGGCCCUCCGCGCCCUCCCGGCCCCCGCCCGGCCCCUGGCUCUGGGACCCGCGCCGCCCACGCCGUGCCCGGGCCCGACGCCCCGCGAGGGUCUCCACGAGCCCCAACCCGGCCCCCGCCCCCACCUCGGCGGAACCCGCGAGCCCCAGUCAGCCGCGGGGGCCGCCGCCGUACCGCCCAGACGCUGGCUACCUGUCUUCACUCUUGUUUUUCUGCUUCUUCCCCAUCGCGUGUCAGCGGCGCUCGUGGUCCUAGCCCGUUUAUCCGGUCUGUCGCGGACCCACCGCGCCCCGGCCGACUCUGGCGUCCGCUCAGCUCCGUCCCCCCCGCGCUGCCGCCUCUCGCACCCGGCUCUCCACAGACCCGCGCACUGGGACAGGGCACAUAUGGUGUGGGCCCCCAGUGCGCACGCGCGUCGCCCCGCCGCCUCGGCGUGGGGACGCAGCGCGCGGCUCAUCGAGAGGGGCGCUCGGGGUAGAGCGUCUCCAGUCGGCCGCCGGCCCGGCAGGAGCCCGCGCGCCCCCUGUCAGCGGCCGCCUCGAGGCAGCCGGGUUCUAGAACCCGGGGCAGACAAUGAGGCUGUCAGUUCCGUGUCAGCCCUCGCCCCUCGGGGAAAGCCACCUAGAGACCGGCACUCGGUUCAGAGGAGGAAUUUGGGCCUCCCUUCAACCUUUCACCCUCCACGAAGGGGCCGAGCAUGGGCUCUGGGUGUUCCCGAGGGAGAUACGAAAAUCCAGCCCCAAACUGGGACCGCUCCCUAGCGCCCACUGGUUACGAAGUGUGCACAGUCACUAAAGAAAUCACGAGGCGAGGGCAUGCCCAGCAGUUACCCCCUAGGGAGGUUUCGGUCUUCACAUUCAGAGCACGUUCUCGACAAUUCGAGUGGUAGGGAAGUCACGAAGGACCCUUCCGUGUCCUGAUCUGGGCGGCGGCACCACCUCGCGCCGCGCUAAGUGAUGCCUCCACUGCUUAAUAAAUGGGAAGGAAACGAACUCUUGAGCAAGAAGGAGGCUUCGUUAUUUCUGAUGUACUCCUAUAGUCAGUACUUGAGCAGAGCCGAAGGUCGGACACUCAGAGCUGCGCACCGAGCAGGUACGAGGCCCAGCGACGGGGUCUCUCGCCCGCGGGCCCAUCAGCGGAACAGAGGCGAAGCGCCGCAACCCCUGGCUCGGGGGGACGCGCACGCGCAGAAGCGCCCUCCGCCCGCCCGGCCGCCUCGGACGUCGCGGGUUGUAUCGCGAGAGGACCGCAACCAAUGACGGGGUGGGGGCGGUGGCCGAUUUGCUACCCCACCUUCUGCGAGGCUGAGGCCGGGCAGCGACGCCUUCCCGGGGCUGCUGUUUGUUCACCUCCCAAGCUUCACCGGGCGCUCAGUUUUCGCAGAAUUAAAUUCUGGGCUCAUCCUGUAAAACUCCAGAGGUGAGCGUGCGCCAGGCCCCGAGUAAGAACAGGUCCUGAUGUGCAAAUCAAUGUCUUAAUACCCGGUUUUCUGACUUCACCCGCUGCAGCCCCGAGCACCGCAAGUGACGGACAUUUUUCU